AUGACGUUGGAAACUCCCCCGUCUGACGUCACUGAUAGGUUGGCCCAUUUCAAACCCAGACGGCCCGGGCUGACACCCUCUAUGCCACGCGGGAAAUCCCACCAUCGUGCACUCGCUGCUUCGCGCAGGGAGGCUGAGAAAAAGGCAGACAGACAGAUGUUGGAGUAUCGCAGGGGGCUCCCCCCUGACUUUGUUGGAUGGGAGGGCACCGGGAAGCGCCACAGAGUUCGCAAAUGGCCUAUUUCUCCCCACACCAAUAGGCAGCACAAACUGGUCAUUCCAGCUGUUGCUCCUGGCAACAAGUUUGUUCUUGUGGUUGGCGACAGUCAUCUGCGUACUUUCGCAGAUGACUUUGUGGCCAUCCCAUCGGGAAUCCUCUCCUUCGGGUUCAUGUCUACUCCUAGCGCGUGUGCUGCUCAGCUGAGGACAGAGUUGGUGCAGGCUCAACUCCCUUGUGUUCCUGAUCUUGUCCUUGCUCCCAGUAACAGCCUCACCGCCAGCCGGACGUCUUGUGAGGCCGGGCAGGCCUUUCACGCCCUCCCCCGAAGCGCUUGUGAACUCUUUCCUGACGUGUUUGUCUUGGACUUUGUUCCACGUCUGACGGUUGCGCCUGACGUACAGGAAGUGUUUCAUCAUGAGUUCCACAGAGUGGCAGCGGGGAUAGGUCUCAAGUACUACUCCUCUUCUGACCAGUUUCCCCUGAACGAUCGCUCUCUGUGGAGCCGAGAUGGUAUCCACUUGAGUGACGACCACGGCAUGCUUCUCCUCAAUGACGUUCUGUGGAAUGCUGCUUUUGGAGCAUGUGCAGACGUCAGCGGCUACCCAGCUGCAGCCUGCUGCUGUGCCGGCUCGUCCUGCGGUACCAUCUCCUCCUCGGGUCCGGCCGCUUGUGGUUGUGCAUCAAGACGACCGUGUGCGUCACCAGGAGAAACCUAAACCUCAUCCGGAUGUUGAUGGAUUCCUGCCAGUGGAGGGCAGGAAGUGAGUCCAUGUUG